CAAGCACAGGCAGACGGAGGGGCAGAAGUAAACAGCUGUGGAACACGAACAGAACACCACAUCUCGUGCAAGCUUUCCCUCAGUACUUUUGGCCUGCAGCUUCCUUUCCCAAGAUCGCACUCUCCAACGCCAGGCUCUUACGAGCAGGAACCCCUUCAAGAUGUCUCUGAAUCUUGACCUCAACAAUGCUCAUGUUAUGAAAGACGAGCAGGGGCGACCUUUCAUCGUAGUGAGAGAUCAAGGCAAGAAGAAGCGCCAGUACGGCAACGAAGCUGUCAAAUCGCACAUCCUCGCCGCCCGAACAGUCGCAAACCUCGUCAAGACAUCUCUGGGACCCCGAGGUCUCGAUAAGAUUCUCAUCUCCCCCGACGGCGACAUUACAGUCACCAACGAUGGCGCAACCAUCUUACAGCAAAUGGAGAUCUCAAAUCACGUAGCCAAGCUGCUGGUGGAGCUCUCAAAGUCGCAAGACGACGAGAUCGGUGACGGCACAACCGGUGUCGUCGUGCUGGCGGGCGCCCUGCUCGAGCAGGCUGCCGAGCUCAUCGACAAGGGCAUCCACCCCAUCCGCAUCGCAGACGGUUACGACCAGGCCUGUGACAUUGCCGUCGCCGAGCUCGACAACAUCGCAGACACCAUCGAAUUCAGCAAAACAAACACAGAGAACCUCAUCAAGGUCGCACGGACGAGUUUGGGAAGCAAGAUCGUCUCCAAGGCACACGACCAGUUCGCCCACAUGGCCGUCGACGCCGUCUUGUCAGUCGCCGACCUGGAACGGAAGGACGUCGACUUUGAGUUGAUCAAGGUCGAUGGCAAGGUCGGAGGCUCAUUGGAGGACUCCCUCCUGGUCAAGGGUGUCAUUGUCGACAAGGACUUCUCUCACCCGCAAAUGCCCUCCGAGGUCAGAGACGCCAAGAUCGCCAUCUUAACAUGUGCCUUCGAGCCCCCGAAGCCCAAGACCAAGCACAAGCUUGAAAUCACAUCAGUCGAGGAGUACAGGAAGCUGCAGAACUACGAGCGCGAGAAGUUUAUCGAGAUGAUCCAACAAAUCAAGGAUGCCGGCGCCAACCUCGCCAUCUGCCAAUGGGGUUUCGAUGACGAGGCAAACCACCUGCUCCUCCAGAACGAUCUGCCCGCCGUAAGAUGGGUCGGUGGUCCCGAGAUCGAGCUUAUUGCUAUUGCCACAAACGGAAGAAUCGUGCCUCGAUUCGAGGACCUGAGCCCCGAGAAGCUUGGUUCCGCCGGUAUUGUGCGAGAGAUGACUUUUGGCACCACGAGGGAGAAGAUGUUGGUCAUUGAGGAGUGUGCGAACACAAGGGCUGUCACUGCUUUCAUCAGAGGCAGCAACAAGAUGAUCAUCGACGAGGCCAAGAGGUCUCUGCACGACGCUCUCUGCGUGGUAAGAAACCUGGUGCGCGACAACCGUGUCGUCUACGGAGGUGGUGCUGCCGAGAUUGCUUGUUCGCUAGCAGUCGAGGACCAGGCUACCAAGACCCCUGGCCUGGAGCAGUACGCCAUGCGCGCAUUUGCCGAGGCCCUCGACGCCGUGCCCAUGGCCUUGGCAGAGAACAGUGGUCUCAACCCCAUUGCCGCCCUUGCUGAGGUCAAGUCGCAACAGGCCACGGCCGGCCCUGAAGUGCGAGGCAGGCUGGGUGUGGACUGCAUGAACAAGGGAAGCAACGACAUGAAGCAGGCGUUCGUUAUCGAUCCCCUCAUCGGAAAGAGGCAACAGCUCAUGUUGGCAACACAACUGUGCCGCAUGGUGCUGAAGAUCAACAACGUGAUCAUCAGUGGCUCCGGCGAUGAUGACUACUAGACAUGAUAAUUAUCCACAAAGGACUCGGGGCUACACAAAAUAGGCAUAUCCAUGAUGUGCUCAUGAAUGAGAUAGAUAGACUAAUGUACAGUCACGAAGCCAAAUGACAAGACUUGAUCAUGACCAUUUUAUGGGCUAAAUACAACCCACGGACUUGUGUAAAACUAACCGUGUGAACCGUGGCGGCGAUACAUGAGGACCUGCUGUGGUUCCCCAUGAUGGCACUCGAACCUCGACAUCAAUCAUGCAAGAGGCUACAGUGGCGCGGAAACGGUAGUGCCAGCAUAGAUAUAGAUUAACCUUUUGGGAGUGUUUCUCCUCUAAUCUG